CUUCUCUUCAUCGUUUCACUUGUUGCUUCCAAUCGGCAGCCUCUCUCUGUCGGCCCUGCAUCGUAAUGGAGGCGGCUGUUGUAACCCAAACGAAUGUUGGUGCUGCUGCUAAUCAGGACAAGGAUCAAUCUCAUUCCGAUGUCAAGCUCUUCAACAGAUGGGUCUUUGACAACAUUCAGAUCAGUGACAUGUCUGUAACAGAUUACAUUGAUGUGAAUCCUGUAAAGCACGCAACUUAUGUGCCUCACAGAGCUGGAAGGUACUCAGUCAAGCGGUUUAGGAAAGCCCAGUGCCCAAUUGUGGAGAGGCUGACCAACUCUUUGAUGAUGCAUGGGCGAAACAAUGGUAAGAAGCUUAUGGCGGUCCGCAUUGUUAAGCAUGCAAUGGAAAUUAUUCAUCUGCUGACUGAUCUAAAUCCCAUUCAAAUCAUUGUUGAUGCUGUUAUCAACAGUGGACCAAGGGAAGAUGCAACCAGAAUUGGUUCUGCUGGUGUUGUGAGGCGUCAAGCAGAAUUGAUACACCCACUCGAGCUUGCUCUCGGAAUGACCAUAGUAAGCAGCAUAGUGCAAGCAGGUUCUUCCAGGAAUUGAAUCAAACAUCAAAAUAUUAGCUCCAGCUUCAAUAAGCUUUUGCACACAAGAGAUCUUCCCAUGCAUCGCAGCCAGCAUAAGCGGAGUCUGCUUAUGACGAUUCAACAAAUCUGGUUUAACAGAUCUAUCCAAAAGCAUAGAAACAAUCUCGAUCUGGCCAUUGGCAGCAGUGAUGUGAAGAGAAGAGUGGCGAUCGUAGACUGUGGUCUGGUUGAUGAGAGUUGGGUCUCUCUGUAACAGAUUCUCAACAGUUUCGUGGUCUCCGAACUGAACAGCAGUGGAGGGCUCUGGCUUUCUCUCUCUCUCUUUCACUCUCGGUUGGGAGAGAGAAGACACUCAACCAAGGAAACCCACCUAUCUCUUUCUCUUGGCUAGCACAUACACACCCACAUCAUUGAUACAGGGGGGAACCAACCUCUCACAUACAGACUCAUUAUUAUGCUUCCCACUCUCCCCAACUUUCUUUAUUUUAUAUAUAUACAUAUAUCUCUUUUUAUUAUACUAUAUUACCCAAACACUCCACUUUCACACCACUCCAUCUGAUCCCACUAUCCCUUUUAUUUAUUUUAUUUUAUCUUCCUUAUUUCACAAAAAAAUA